AGAGACGCGUGGGAGCUGGCGCCACGGCAUGCAUGCACAGCCAUGGAGAACGACGACGACGUGGAGCAUCCCUUCUACUACUUCGUCCACGACGACGCGGCCGCCGGCGUCGACGACCACGAGGAGUUGCUGGCAAGCCUCGGCUUCCUCCUCCCUCCUCCUCCUCCGCCGCCGCCGCCACCGCAGCCUGAUCAGGGAAGGAGCGCCUUCGCGGCGUACCAGAGUACCGCGGCGAUGGCGUCGUCGUCGUCGUCGUCGGAGUCUCUGAGCCGGCGGUACCACUCCUCUGCGUCGAACGUCCACCGGAGAAUGCACAGGUUCCUCAGGAGCAUCUAUGACGACGCCGGGGACGACGCGGGGGCAACCGCGGAAAUGCAGCCGGCGGAGGGCGAGCAGCAGCAGGCGGCGCCGAGCGGCGGCAGCGCGCGGUUCCGGCACAUCAUGCGGGAGCGGCUGCGUCGGGAGCGCCUCAGCCAGGGCUACGCCGACCUCCAAGCCAUCCUCCCAACCGGCGCAUCAUCAUCAAAAGGUGGCAAGAACACCAUCGUCGCCGCGGCGGCAAACUACAUCCGGGAGCUGGAGGGGAGGAAGGGGUGGCUCUGCGCGCAGAACGAGUUGCUGGAGCGGACGACGCCGAAGCCCGGCGCCGGCAUGGUGGUGAAGGUGCGCGCCGAGAGUGAGCUCGGCUCGACGGUGGACGUGUUCGAGGCGGUGCUCCGGCGGCUCAAGGCCAUGGACGAGCUGCAGGUGACGGCGAUCCAGUCGUGGUUCGGCGCCGGCGGGAUGUGGAUGGACGUCGCGGUGGAGUCCAAGAUAUCUUCGCGAGAGGUGGACAAAGCAAUAACAAAUGCCUUGAAGGAACUUCAGGAGAUCGAAUACUCCGAAUACUCCUGCUUGCAAGAUCCAAUGAGAAGUGGGACGAGCUUUAGUUGUCAAGUUGAAAGUGGUGUACUACUAAUGAGUUGAUUACUGUUCGGUGUUCUAAUUAAGUACUGCCGAUGUUCUUUACAAGUAAGCAAAGUAAUGAAUAAAUGGAAAAGGUAUUUUAAACUCU